AUGGAACGACCCCGCUCUCUGAACAAAUCUCAAGAUGCCGCUGUCGCUGCUAUCCUCGGCUCGGAGUUCGUGCGUGUCAUCCUCCGAUCGGAUCCUCUUUUCGGGGAUGGUUAUGGCGCCGUCAGCGCUUGGGCGACGCAACGCAAGCGCCAGCUUUUCAAUGAGGAUCCCUUAUUCUGGAGUGGUAUUCUCGAGUCUGAAAAGAAAUAUUACCGUCAGAUCGUCGACCGCAGAUUCCGUAACUAUUACAAUGCUUUGAGGGUUGCUUCCUUAGAGGGGCAAGCCGCGGCGAACGCAGGGAACUAA